AUGCCCAAAUACACUUGCCAUCCUUCAAUCUCAUUUCAUGUCAAGCUUAGUAAUGUAUAUAAGGCCUCCCUCACGUGGACACCAGGUCACGAAGGGAUCAAAGGAAACGAAACAGAGGACGAAGAGGCCAAGAAGGCCAUCACAGACGGAUCAUCAACAGCGGAAAUACUCCCACCAUGGAUGAAGGACGCCCUUCCACGGAAUAUCUCGGCACUUAGACAGGAGCUCAAACUUGCAGCAAAGAAGUCAGCACGCAAUAAGUGGACAUCAUCGGCACAGUACAACAGAACCAAGACCAUCGAUGAAUCAAUGCCAUCCAGCAAAUACCUCCAAAUCACAGACGAGCUAAUGAGAGCAGAGGCAGCAAUACUUAUUCAGCUGCGUACAGGAUAUAUCGGACUGAACAAGCACCUGAAUCGCAUCAACAGAGCCGACGCACCAUGGUGCCCACACUGCGGAGAGGGAAACGCAGAAAACGUGACCCAUCUCCUCCACAUCUGCCCUGCAUACAAUGCAGCACGAGCUGAAUGGGAAGGAGCGCUGAGGGAGAAGACGAGAGAGCUAUCGGAGAUACUUGGGACAAAGGAGGGAGUCAAUGAGACACUGAAGUUUAUCAGGAGGAUGGGCCGUCUGAAGAUGGGACGGGAGGUUACAGGCAGAAGGGAAAGGGAGUAA